UUUACUUGUGUGCAGACAUGGUCUACGUGCGGUAUACACCACUCCGAGACGGGGUAGACAAACCGCACAGUGUCUUUGAGCAGCGACAUGUCAAGCAGAGCAGAAACAUGAGAACAGCAGCAGUGUCGAGGGCUGCUGGAUGAAAGAGAGACACAAGUUUAUUUGCUGGAAUCAGCAUACUGUCAUGGGAUGGAGCCGAACGCGCAUGACCGUGUUACUGGCAGCGUUGGCAGGUGCAAGUAUUGUACUGUCGCUCCAGUGGUCCCAUCUGCAGUUUGUGCCUGGACCAGAAAAGGAGAGGCACGAAAGAGGCAAGGCAGGACAAUUUUUAGAGACUGCAGUAUAUAAUGGAAAACGAUCUGAAGGCAAACCUCAGACAUUAUUGUAUCCUGUGAACAAAGACAAGGCUCUUCCUAUUGAAGAAUUUGUAGGGGACAGACCACUGUUUAAAGCAUGUAUUACAAAUAUAAAAGCUUUGCCAUCAUCUCCGUCAUACAGAGAUGGGUUUGUGGGGCCAUUCCUCUAUAUCUCUCAAAGUAAGAACCCAUGCUGGUGGAGAAUGACAAAUAAUACCUCCAGACAACUGAACUGUGUCCCUUACUUUUUUUUGGCUGGUGUCAGCAAAUCUGGAUCAACUGAUAUUUUCUUUCGCCUCAUGGAACACCCUCAGAUAGUUCAACCAAAGAUCAAAGAACUACGGUGGUUUGAUAUUCGCAGAUACACAAAAGACGAAUUUUCCUUUAAUUGGUAUGUGUCCAACUUUGAAGAAGCUGCAAGAAAUAUUUCUAGAGAUAUUGAGGGAAAUGGCUAUUCCUUAAAAAUAAUAGGAGAUGGCUCGCCAACUUAUUUUUGGCGCAAUUACUUUUGGAAUCGUUACCCAGGUAAUGAAGGUUGCACUGAACCUCGGAUUGUUGUACCAUCUAUGAUACACCACCUUGUUCCACAGGCAAAAAUAAUAAUUAGCCUCAGAAACCCCAUCCACAGUAUUUAUUCCAAGUACCUGACACUGGCAGACAAAGGAAUACAAUGUUCUCCCAAGCAUUUCCAUAACUUGACAGUUGGGCAUAUCCAGCGUUACUACAACUGUUUCCAAAAGUAUGGUGUUCGUAGCUGUGUUUACAACAUUUCACUAUCCAGUCAUUCCAUGCUUCGACUAGAGAAAGGGAUUUAUGUGGUCUUUUUGGUCGACUGGUUGAGAAUAUUUCCACAACAACAGAUUCAUGUUGUCCGAUUUGAGGACUACAUUAAGAAUAUUCCACGCCACCUGUCCAGCAUGUUUGAAUUUCUUGAGAUUGCACCCAUGCCAGAAUAUGCUCUCCAAGAAUUAUCCUCCCGUCCUGUGUCCAAUCGUGGUCGCCAUUACAGUGUGGGCGCUAUGCUGCCUGCCACAGAAAAGUUGCUUCAGAAGUUUUAUGCACCAUUUAAUGAGCAGCUUGCAGAAGUGUUGAAAAUCAAAAUUACUUAUGGAGAGAAAUAUAGCCAUGCAUUUUAUUUUUUCCUUAUUGGUACAAGCAAUACCAGUUGUGCAAUCUGUAGUAUCAUGCCUUAAUGCAUUGUCUUAGUGAUUAUGGCUUUUGUUGUUAUUUACUGGAUGCAUAAUCUUUGGGAUAUUUUAAAACUGAUAUUUUGUUAUAUAAAGUAUCCUUCACUCACUGGUGAUUUUGAACUGGUCAUUGUUGUCAUCAUCAUCAGCAAAUUAUGCCAAAUUAUUACUUCUGUACAAUGUUUGUGAACGUGGUGUUCAGGUUGUAACUAAACUUUUCUUGCCCCUGUUUUCAAUGCUUUUUGUAUUUGAAUUAUGCCAAAAAGAUGUUUAUAUCUUUACAAAAAUAAAUUUUGGCGCUUCAUUUGUUAGUGCAUGUGAUCAACCUGUAUAUUUGACUUCCAUGAAGUCUUGUUUUUAAUUGUAUGAUGAUAUUUAUGUGCUUACAGAGAGUAAACGGUUUUAUACUUUUUAAAAGCCUGGAAAGAAAAUGUUUUGGAUGACAUUUUGAGACAAUCAGUUGUUGCUGGUGUAUGCAGGGAAAGUCAAAAAAAGAUGUAUGUGGAUUUUGAAGAUCUUUAAAUUACUUCCCCUUGUUUUAGAUUGAUCCCUUUGGAUUGUGGUCGUCAAUCCUGAAGAACACUUUAAAGACUGUGUGCAUGUAUGUAUACAAGCUGUCUUAACAGUAUUAGUUUAGGCAUUAGUCCUCAGUGGCUCCUCACAGACAUCAAGCGAUGAGGAAUUUUUUUUCUCCAGGAAAUACAAAAUGGAACCAAGCAAGCGUUAUGUGCAUGCUAGAGAAGUGGAGUAAUAUCAAAAAACAAAGGAAAUGGGAAGCAAAGAUAUAUCUGUGUCAAAUCGUUGUUAAUUUUGUUUGUCUGAAAAUGGGACAACUUCACAGGAAAUGCAUGAUUAAGCUCCCUAAUUACAAAGCUGUGUACACUAGCAAGACAUGAUGUAAAAAGGCAAUGUUUUUGUUAAAGGAAAAUUGCUUGGUUUCUUCCUGCCAGAGCAUUUCUUAUCACCAAGAAGACAUUUUGAGAUCAUUAGGAAAAAGUGGAUUUCACAACAAUUUCCACCAUACAGGUUACAUCAUAGCAUGUAAAAAAAUUCAGACAGAAUGCCUUUCCAGUAUGUAUUUUAGUUGUAUUCCCACCACUAAAUCAAAACAUAAAAGUUAUUUUGAUCAAAAAUUAUGCCUUUAAAUAGUUACUGAAGUAAAACUUAUAGUUACCCAGUAAUUAAUUUUUUUUAAAUUUAAUUUUUCAGUUGAUGCAGUUACCUCCCUUCUUUGAAAACAAAGUAAAGUACAUUGGGCGCAUUCUUUUAUAAUUUGUGUCAUUGUUUUAUGCAACUACAUGCUAUGAAAGAAAGUAAGAAUAUAAAACCUUACCUAUGGUUUAUAGUUUUAGUCUUAUUUGGCAGUAUUAUGUGAUUUUGUCAAGAUAUUCAGUGGAGUGCUGUGUUUUUGCAUCACUAAAUACAUUUACUGUUUAUUUUAGCUAGUUCCUAUGGCAGAACAACCGGUUGGUGUUUAAAGUACUUAUUUUAUGUAUCACUUCAAUGUUAUUUCUUGUACAAUUGCUGUACUUAACCAUAUGAAAGCAAACAUGCUAGUCUUCAUGUUAAAAGCCAUAAAAUACAUGCAUAUUUUAUAACUCCCCAAGAUUGCCAAAGAUCUUGUUUCAAACUGUUAUUGAGCUUUUUAGCACUUUGUUAUCUGCAUGUGCCGUAUUAAAUUGUGCUUAAAAAGCAAAAUCUGAAACAGAGAUAAAUAUAUAAGUUUUGCAUAUACUUUGCCAAGCCCUGUGAUGUAUAUUUUGACUGGCUCUCAUUAUGUGGUUGGCUUAUUUUGUGAUCACAUUAAAAUUGAACAUAAUUUAUUGAGUACACAUGUGCAUAUGCUUCUGUGCAUGAGUGCAUAUUACUAUACACAUUUUGUCCACAUUCACUUGUGUCUAUUAAGUGUUGAUGCGAGACGUUGUUCAGUUAUAUUUGCACCUACCUGAUGUGUGUGCGUGUGCACGCAUUCUUUUGUACACAAUGGUUCAAUUCUUCAUUCCCCUAUAUCCACCCAAAGCAAACUAAUAGCUGAGCAGAUAUGACUAAAACUAGCUCAGUUGCAUAUAAAUAUACUACAGUAAAACUCUCUAUUAAGACCGUCCUGAUUAUGACGGUACCCCUCUUAGUUACAACGAAAAAUGUUCAUGGAUGCAUUUCGCUAUGUAAACGUCAUCCCUAUUACAACUACCUUCCCAACCUGACUUCACCACCAACAGUUUGAGUUCUAUUAUGAUCGACUUUUAAGCAAAAAUUGCAUCUUGAAAAUAAAUUAAGUACCUUUUUAAAAUAGACUGCUUCUGGUCGACAGUUUACCCUAUACAUAUGAUUUUCUGCAAAAAUCACAUAAAAUAAGAACAUUUUGAAAGAGACUACUAUUUCACUGACACAAGUGCAGGACAGUCAAUUUUCAUUACGAUUUUUUACAGAAGUCGUAUGUUUAUAAAAAUAAAUUAUUGCAACCAUCUGUUUGCGCUUUAUUGCAUUUUUUUUUUUAAAUUACAGUUGAAAAAUAUUAAGAGCAUUUUAGGAGAGCUUCUUUGUGUACCUCAGUUCAUGUAUCACAAACUAAUAGCCUAUGCAUAUGUGCAGACUGUGUAUAUAUACUGUAUAUUGGAGCAUCACAGUGUGCAUGGAUCAUUCACCUCUGCGAGAAGGAAAACCACUGUAUUUUUAUUUGUUUGUUUGUGUACGUGAGAGAGAGAGGGUAGAGCUGUGAGGGUGGGCGAUGUCAGUAUAGGUGAGCAUGUUAUAUAAUUAUCAAUAUUUGUUCCACUUUCAGUUUCCUGUCUAAGCGUAACAAACAAUUUGGUACUGAACAAUUUUUAGGGAAUUUUUUAGCAACCGUUUCAGGUGCUUUAAAACAAACUUUUUCAUGGGCUUUCUGAUGCCAUAGUUAUAUGUUAUAUGAUGCUCACAGCUUCCCCGUCCGAACUACGACACUCAUGCAAUCUUCAUAUCCAGUCAGUGCAAACAUAACACUGUUUUUUGUUGUUUUUUUUUUUUUUUUGUUUUUUUUUUGGUCCGAUUCCUCUUCCGCUUCUCCCAUCCGUAAAGCAUGUUCUGACUUUAAACUGCUAUAGGAACUUGUACAGACCUCGACGGUGUUCAAAUCAUGAACUUGUAUUACAUGCUUAAAUCAUACAAACCUGACGGUCGUGUUCUUGUAAUAAAGAUUGUUAAUUGACAUCCUGCAGGGGCGUAGAACCAAGGAGGCAAGGGGGAAGCCGCCCCAUCAAAAAAAAAAAAAAA